AAAAAAUGUCCCCAAGUAAGUUUUGCUUAUUAUCCGUUGCUUACAUAACAAGUUGGUAAGGAAAGAAAAAAAUUUAAUAUAAUGUUAAUAAUGACAUUUCCCGUUCUUACCAGAAGUGACAGAUCGGGAGAGGUUGGGGAAGAGCAAGGGGGAAAAAACACGAUAACACACCGAAAGGAUUGUACCUCUAUGGAGCCGUGGGUGGAGGUUGAAAAGAAAAAACGGGUUCACUUCCACUCGUUCAUGCUUGACGUGCAUAGUAAAAUUCACGAUGUUAAAAAAAAUGUCGUUAGAGAUCACAGUAGUACCAAGCUUCAGCCCUUCGACCCGAUUCCACCAGUUGCAGAGGCGAUUAGCGAUAAGACUUGGUUGUUAUGCUUCGACGAGUUUCAGGUUACAGACAUCGCCGAUGCUAUGAUCCUAAAACGAUUGUUCACCGAACUCUUUGACAACGGAGUGAUAGUUAUUGCGACAAGUAAUAGGGCACCAGAUGAUUUGUAUAAGAACGGUUUGCAGAGGGCAAACUUCUUCCCAUUCAUCCAAAUCCUGAAAGACCACUGCCUAAUCGAAACACUCGAUUCAGGCAUUGAUUACAGACAAAAAAUUGGCCCUGGCAAAGACAAAAACUAUUUCAUAAAAGGAAAGGACGUGGACAACGGCGUUGACAAGCUGUUCAAAUAUUUGUGCUCCAUGGAAAAUGACGUCGUUAGGUCUAGAACCAUCAGCAUCAAGGGUCGCAAUGUUACAUUUUCAAAAACAUGUGGGCAGGUUCUUGACUCUACGUUUGAUGAGAUAUGCGACCGGCCUCUCGGAGCCAGCGACUAUCUCCAAUUAUGCCAAUUCUUUCACACUGUGAUAAUUCGAGAUGUACCACCACUGAAUUUUAAACUAAAAUCUCAGUCUAGACGAUUUAUCACACUGAUUGAUACACUCUAUGAUAACAAGAUUAGAGUAGUUAUAUCUGCUGAUCUUCCGCACAUGCAAUUGUUUACUCCGGAAGGCGAGAGCGAGUACACAGAUGAAAAGAGAAUGCUGAUGGAUGAUCUAAAAAUAAGUAUAGGCUCGGAAGAUCACAAAUCGAGCAUAUUUACCGGGGAGGAAGAAUUAUUCGCUUUCGACAGAACCAUAUCGCGACUUUCGGAGAUGCAAACCAGGGAUUAUUGGGAACAAUGGGAAAAGCAAAGAUAAUAGUGGAGAAUUGGGUACUAGUUCUCAAAUGCAACAAAACAUAAACUCAACUAUUAAAUAAUAGCAAUUAACUUUCAACGCGUCCUUGCACAUACUGUACAAACUAAGCUUAUUUCUCUUUUAUUUUUCGUGUUUACAAUCGUGAUUAACAGCUCAACGAAACAAGUAUGUACAUACAUGUGAAUAUGUUAAAAGCCGUUUGACGUGAAAAAACUUACUUGGCGCUUGUUUUCCGAUGUUGUUGAGAGAUGACUAGGUAUUUCAUUUCUGGUUAAUAACUUAUUUGUUAUAGUAGAUGGAUCAACUUAUUAAAUUUACAUACAAUUUUUAGUAUGUACUGAUGUUGAGUAAAUAUGACUUGCGCUGUUUUCGUAGAUUUGUUGAUAAAAU